UCAAUACAAACGCCACAAAAUUAUUAGGAAAGCAGUGCCGUAAUACUGCAUUCUACUCUCCAACUGCAGUGCUCAAAAUCGCUUUUUAUAAUUUUUAAGAUAAGUGUCUUUCACUUGUAAAGAAAUUGCUACACGUCAAUUGGUUGAUGAUAAAUGAAUAAAGUUACAAAUAUGGAUAUCUUACUCGUAUUCUAGGUGUCUUCAAAACUCCAGAAACAUUAAUUCUCAUGUCAAAGUGACAUGUAAAUAUAGACUCUAAUUUUGGAGAAUAUUGCCCAUUCGGCCUUGACCUUGUCAAUACUGAGCUGGCCUAGUUUUGAUUUUUAACUGGAAUUAUUGAUUUUGCUCGCAAUUGCCCUCAUAUGCCGCUUUAUCAAAACAAACUCGCUCUCUGGAUCUGUGUAUUUGUAGGCCUGAUUGUCAUAGGAGGCAUCAAACUUGUAUUUGGACAAAAAAACCGUCGAAGAAGACGGGCAUCUUUGAUGAUGGAGGAGCUUCAAGCCCCCCACGUCCACAUGGAAGACCCACAGCGGGUGGCAUCCAUCAUCGAAGCACUCAUUGAGGGUGGAAAAGACAAACUGCAAGUAAUAGCCGACUUUGACAGAACGUUGAGCAGAUUCUCGUUCGAGGGAGAUAUCGUACCGACAUGUCAUGGAAUCAUUGAUGAGAGCACACUUUUGCCAGAGUCUUAUCGGAUAGAGGCAACUACAUUGCGCAACAAAUAUUAUGCCAUCGAGAUGGACCCAGAUUUAACAUCUGAUGAGAAAAAACCAUACAUGGUUGAAUGGUACACAAAGGCCCACAAGCUAAUGGUCGCUUGUAACAUCCGGCAGCAAGAGCUAAAGAGGAUAGUAAGGGAAUCUGGAUCUAAACUCAGGGAGGGCUGCGACAGCUUUUUCAAGGUCCUUGACAAGAACAGCAUCCCUCUUCUCAUCUUCUCGGCAGGAAUUGGUGAUAUCAUUCAAGAAAUUAUCGAGUUUCACACUGGAAUUUAUGACAACAUGAAAAUUGUCUCAAACUUUAUGGACUUCAAUGGAUCUGGUUUACUGAGAGGUUUCCGUGGAGAGCUCAUUCACACGUUCAACAAAAAUGAAGGUGCUAUCGGCAACUCUGAUUAUUUCGGGAAACUGCGAAGCCGCGAAAAUGCGAUACUGAUGGGUGAUACAAUUGGUGAUCUGAAAAUGGCCGAUGGUGCUGGACACGUGACGAAUAUCCUCAAAAUUGGUUUCCUCAAUGAUAGUGAUAAGGUUGAGCAUCUGCUUCCAUGUUUCAAGGCGAACUAUGACAUCGUUCUGGUAGGAGACGAGACCGUGAGCAUCCACAACGCUCUGCUGAACAAGAUCAUCUAAACCUCCCCCCCUUUUUAUUAUUGCAAGCCCAAUAAUUUUGCGAGUUUUGCCAAAACGGAGAAAUCAAUGUCGCAGAAAUGACUUCUUCAAUGAUAUAAUCAUUGGAAAACCCUUCUGUUCAGAAGAUUUUUAUGGUAGUGUGAAAAGAAAAAGACUCUUCGUUUGAUUUUGAUUUCACCAUUGGUAUAAAAAAUCAUUGAAUCUAAACAGAUUUUUUAUCGAAUCUAGAUGGGAUUGUUUUUUGUUAGAUGCUUCAUAUUGUUUCACAGAAGUCCAUGUGUAUGUGAAAAUUUUAUAGAUGCCACUUUGCACUGUCUUGUCUUGUCUAGUUGAAUAUUGUAAGCCGAGGCACUCAUUUUGAAUAACAUUUUAAUUCGUAGUUAAAUCUCAACGAACGGGACAGGUAACACGGUAAAUAUUUAAAAAACAAGAAAUAGGAAACUGUCAUAGAGUUUUCAUACUUUCUUACUGUGUAUUCUGUACAUCAGAAGGCCAGAAGGUGUUCAAGUCCAGUGACAACAGUUGUUGGUAAUUUUUACGUUUCAUUUUGCUGAGGGAGUAUUUUAUAUCUGUUAAAACCCAGUGGAUCCUCAGCACUUUUCUAUAGGCCAAGUUUAUUGGCUUCAGUUGGCCCCGAGGUAUUUCACUGUGGGUCUUGUGAGGAGGAUUGGUCAGUUUGUUAUUAUUGUGGUUGAAGAGUUGAACUAGGAAGGUCAGUCAGAUGUUCUCGAUCUGUCAAUUUGGAUACAUGCGUCUUAAUCAGCUAGAUUAGAAUACAACUACAAGAUGAUUUACAAGAAAUAUUUUUUGUCCCAGAACAGAGAAAUUCGGAGUAUAAAGUUCACCUUUGUUUUGUGAGGUUUUACCUGAUCACAAUGCAUUCUAUAUAUGUUUGCAUUGAUAGUUUAUAUACCUUGAUUUGCAAUGUGUAAAUUUGAAAUAUGAUUUAUGGAAUGUUUUAGCAAAAUGAUGUAAAAAUAUGAGAAUUGUAAAUAGAGGUUCGGUGUGCAACCAGAACCUGCUUCCAUAUCAGAUUCCUAACAUUCUUCAUGACACAGCAGUAGUAUUCAUAAGGAUGUGUGGGGUGAUAGGCCAGAUGAAUACUGGACAUGGUCAUAAGUCUGGAUCCACUUGGCAUACAGUCCCUGGGAAUGUUUGUUGUGUUUAAGAUGGGUAAAGAAAAAAGAGCAGAUUGUGGAAUUUCAGACGAUAGUCUACAUAAACAACUGGAUGUCGAAACUGAACUCCAGCCUCACUUUUCUUGUAAACAGUCAAAACGGUCCCUAAUCAGAGUUAGGUCUGACCAACAUCAAAUAAAAAUUUGUAUACUACGAUACGAAUACAAACAAAGGGAACAGGGUUUAAAUUUGUACAUUUUAUAAAUUACGAUGUUUAGUUCAAGGAUUGGAACGUUUUGAUUGGUUGCCAAGUUUUCUAUGCAUUUUGGAAAGAAUCUUGUGUGGUUUUGUUGGAAAAUAAUAAGUGUUCUUUAUUCAUGCAUGUACAGAAUAAAUGUGUACAGAGGUAAAAUAAACAUCUGUGAUACAAA